AUGAAUCUCACAGAAGCUAAUGAAGGGGAUUUCUGUGCCCAGUCCUCCAACUUCUCCUGUUUUGAAACAGCGUCACUAACAGCAGUGGACGUGCUGAUGUAUUCGGCUGCAGCUGCAGUUGUGUUUCUGACAGUGUGUGGAAACCUGCUGGUGAUCAUCUCCAUCUGCCACUUCAAGCAGCUCCACACACCAACCAACCUCCUCCUCCUCUCUCUGGCUGUGGCUGACUUUCUAGUUGGAAUAACCGUGAUGCCUUUCCACUUUGUUAUGCUGAUAGAAUCACACUGGUGCUUUGAUGCAGUGGUUUGCAUCAUUUACAAUGCAGCCUCCUUUUACCUGACUUGUGUAUCAAUUUAUAAUGUUGCUUGCAUUGCUGUGGACCGAUAUUUUGCUCUGUGCAAUCCUUUUCUCUACUCCACUGAAGUCACAGUGAAUGCAACUUUGAAGAUAAUAUCUUUACUGUGGUUGUAUUCAAUGGUGUAUAAUUUGAUUCUUCUUUAUUUCAACGGAAAUAUCAUUGAUAUUGAAAAUACUAUUUGUGCGGGAGAGUGUUCUCUUGCAGUGAAUGACAUAUGGGCUGUUGUUGAUUUUAUUCUGGUGUUUAUUGCUCCAUGCUUGACAAUAAUAAUUAUGUAUUUGAACAUUUUUGCCAUUGCUAAAAGGCAUGCAAAUACUAUUCGGUGUGCCAGAGAACAGCAUCAUUCAAAGAACACAAGGAAAAUGAAUUAUUCUGUGGCAUCUGAAAGAAAAGCAGCAAAAACACUAGGAAUUUUAGUGUUUGCAUUCUUACUGUGUUUAGUACCUUACUACAUAAGUGUUUUCCUGGAUGUCUACAUAAGGAAACCAUCUGUGUAUCUUGCAAUUUUGAAUAUGUUGAGUUUGCUAUAUCUAAAUUCUUCCAUCAAUCCAAUCAUUUAUGCUCUGUUUUAUUCCUGGUUUCAGAAAUGUGUUAAACUCAUUUUAACGCUUAAGAUAUGUAGCUCAGAAUCCUCACUGAUAAAUGUACUUUCAAAGGACACUUAA